GCCUGCUUUUUAUGUCUCCGCAAUGCCCUGCAACUCACGUUUAUCUAUCCUCUCCUCUUCUUAUCCACCCCAACCCGUUGUUGUCCGUUAUUCCCUCUUGAACAGAAACUCCAAAAACUCUCUCUAAGAGAGCCCAAUUCCGGCUGCACUUCGGCUAGUACAGGGAGUUGGAAAGCAUGGCAUUUGCAGGAACAACUCAGAAGUGCAUGGCUUGUGACAAGACUGUCUAUCUGGUUGAUAAGUUAACUGCUGAUAACCGAAUUUACCACAAAGCCUGCUUCCGAUGCCAUCACUGCAAAGGAACUCUCAAGCUCGGCAAUUACAAUUCCUUUGAAGGAGUACUAUACUGCAGGCCACACUUUGAUCAGCUCUUCAAAAGAACUGGCAGUCUUGAAAAAAGCUUUGAAGGGACACCAAAAAUUGUAAAACCAGAGAGACCUGGCGAUGGUGAGAAACCUACCGCAAAUAAGGUUUCGAGUAUGUUUGGCGGAACCAGAGAUAAAUGCGUUGGCUGUAAAAAUACUGUCUAUCCAACUGAGAAGGUUACGGUAAAUGGCACUCCUUAUCACAAGAGCUGUUUCAAAUGCUCCCAUGGAGGAUGUGUAAUCAGCCCAUCUAACUACAUUGCGCAUGAGGGCCGGCUCUACUGCAAAUAUCACCAUACCCAACUCAUCAAGGAAAAAGGCAAUCUAAGCCAGCUUGAGGGUGAUCAUGAGAAGGAUGCAGCGAAUGACAAACUCAAUGCCAGAGAAGUUGCUGCUGAGACAUGAUUUGCUUUACGUGUUAUUCUGUGCUUUCCUUCCAUAUUUUUUACCUGCCCCACCUUGCUACUGCCAUCCCUAUUGGUGCACCAAUUUUAGGUUUUAUGCUUAAGAGUACAGAUGGGAUUCUUUAUGUUUGUUGUGGAGUGCGUGUCUCUUCAAUUGUUGUUUCCCGGGUUUGUUGCAAGAUGCUGGAUGCCAAGACCUAUUCGAUUCUCAGUAAGUAUUAGAGUGACCAGUAUUGGUGUUCUGUUAUGAACUCGUGUUGUGAUGGAUUCUGAAUACUAGAUGAUCCCGAGCAUUUUUACUCUC